ACAUAAAGUCCGGCAAUAACGUAAGUGGAGGCGUGCGCUGUCGCGGUGGGAGCGUGUAUAGGAAGGGAGGGCAAUCUUAUCCAGACUCUAAUAAGAACCCAAUGGCUGGCGCACGGCGGGCAGGAGCGCUUCAACACGACACGAGACACAAGUGGACGGACACAACAUCUCGAGGCGCUUGCUGGAGGCAGGAAUGGGAUGAGAUUCUGAGAAUUCGUAGAGGAGAUAUUUCACAGAGACGCAACAGUGAUGUAGGUGCGCGUCAGGUUUACUAUUGCUGAACUGCCCGGUGACUGCGAGAGAGAGGCGGUAGGUAAGUAGGUAGGCGACUGGAAGCUCGAGAAACACCUGCAUGGCAACAGGUACCUGUACCUCCAAAGACUGAUAAGGAUGAGAACUAUUUAUUUUUAAUUUAUUGUGAACAGCAUAAAGGAUGAUAAAUCUUAAACAUUCUGGAAAGGAAAAUAGUUUUCAAGUGGCAUAAAUUAUUAAGGGAGUAAUCGAUAAAACAUGAAACUACAUAAGCAAGAGGAUAUAACAAUACAGUAGAGAUUAAAGUUAAUUUUAAAGAGUCAACAUGGAUUUUACAGAAGACCGGCGUCCCUGUACUUCCAGUGUGGAUUUUGAUCCAUAAGGGCCAACCUUGCUCUAUAGAAACAUUAGAACUCCUUUACAACUCAUGGUCUGGAAUGGACCACCACCAAGAUUUGAACCCCAUCAUUCAAAUGCAUUUAAGUGCCCGAGACGGGGCUUGCUUAGUGGGCACGGUGGAUCAUUGAAGGUGUCCCCAAUGAAGGUGUCCUCCUGGUGGGAAAGCCUGGCACGGCUUGGCCUGCUCGCUAUCUUCACGUGGAGCUCCCUGGUCCAGGGGUGCGGGCCAGGCCCUGGGUACGGCAACCGCCCUAGGCCCAGGAAACUCACCCCCAUGCCUUACAAGACCUCCUUCCCCAAACUUUCCGAGAACAACCUAGGUGCCAGUGGGAGGGUUGAGGGCAAGAUCACACGUAACUCUGAACGCUUUAAUGAACUGGUGUGUAACUACAACACCGAUAUUAUCUUCAAAGAUGAGGAGAAAACCCUUGCUGACCGCUUCAUGACCAAGCGCUGUAAAGACUGCCUCAACAAACUAGCCAUAGCGGUGAUGAACCACUGGCCUGGGACGAAGCUGAGGGUGACAGAGGCCUGGGAUGAGGACGGCCAUCACCCCCCUGACUCUCUUCAUUAUGAGGGACGGGCCGUGGACAUCACCACGUCAGACCGCAUCCCAGACAAGUACGGCAUGCUAGCCCAGCUGGCUGUGGAGGCUGGCUUUGACUUUGUGUACUAUGAGUCCAAGUACCAUGUGCACUGCUCUGUCAAAGCUGAUCACUCUGUGGCGGUGGAGAAAGGGGGCUGUUUCCCAGGCUGGGCCCGGGUGACCUUGGCCGGAGGGGGACAGAAGACCCUGGCCUCCCUGGGGCCUGGAGACAGAGUGUUGGCCCUGUCUGGGUCAGGACACAUCGUCCUCAGCCGCGUCCUUCUAUUCCUACACCAAGACCAUGAGAGCAGGUCCACUUUCCUGGUCCUGGCCACAAAAGAUGGCCGCCGCCUAGCCCUUACUCCCCACCACCUGGUCUUCCUUGCACCCCAUCACAAACUCCACUACAGUGAGUACAAGGCUCAGUUUGCCAGUAGAGCCAAACCGGGGGACUAUGUACUCGUCCAUGGAGUGGACGGCCGAGUACAACCAUCCAGGAUCACAUCUGUAUCGCAGGAGGAAGGGAUGGGUGUGUACGCACCACUUACAGAACACGGCACUCUGUUUGUGGAUGGGGUGCUGGCAUCCAGCUAUGCACUUAUAGAGGACCAUAGACUGGCACACUGGGCAUUUGGGCCUCUGAGACUGCUGCUGUCAUUCACCCAGCUGGUUCGGGGGGAGGGCACACUGGGAGCGCAGGUCACAGAGGCAGAGAGAGAGCACACGAAGAAGCCCACUCACUGCAACACUCAACACAUUUGUGUGAAUCAGACACUCAACAGCCCAGGCGUGUAUGUGAAUACAAACACUUCAGACAGACAAAGCAGUUGCGCUGCUGUACCCAUAAACAGAGACAUUGAGGGGGGACACUGUGACUCUGUGCGAAAAGAGGUUUUGAGUGUGCACUGGUAUGCUAGGCUGCUACACAGAAUUGGACAGUUCUUUCUAGACCCAAAUACAUUUCAUCAUUAGGUUAAAGGCACUAUAGGCUCAACUCUGGUGCCUGUAUACCACUGAUAAUUGCUACUGUAACAUUUCCAGUGUCCUACAGAUAAUUGCUAUUGUACUGUUACAUUUCCACAGUGUCCUAUAGAUAAUUGCUACUGUAACAUUUCCAGUGUCCUACAGAUAUUUGCUACUGUACUGUUACAUUUCCACAGUGUCCUAUAGAUAUUUGCUACUGUACUGUUACAUUUCCACAGUGUCCUACAGAUAAUUGCUACUGUACUGUUACAUUUCCACAGUGUCCUAUAGAUAAUUGCUACUGUAACAUUUCCAGUGUCCUACAGAUAUUUGCUACUGUACUGUUACAUUUCCACAGUGUCCUAUAGAUAUUUGCUACUGUACUGUUACAUUUCCACAGUGUCCUACAGAUAAUUGCUACUGUACUGUUACAUUUCCACAGUGUCCUACAGGUAAUUGCUACUGUUACAUGUCCAGUGUCCUACAGAUAAUUGCUACUGUUACAUUUCCACAGUGUCCUACAGAUAAUUGCUACUGUUACAUUUCCACAGUGUCCUACAGAUAAUUGCUACUGUUACAUUUCCACAGUGUCCUACAGAUAAUUGCUACUGUUACAUUUCCACAGUGUCCUACAGGUAAUUGCUACUGUUACAUUUCCACAGUGUCCUACAGAUAAUUGCUACUGUUACAUUUCCACAGUGUCCUACAGAUAAUUGCUACUGUUACAUUUCCACAGUGUCCUACAGAUAAUUGCUACUGUUACAUUUCCACUUAUGCUAUUAUUUUUCUACUGCCCUGUCUUUUACUAAAAUGUUAAACCUUAUGCACCCCGAAAGAGUAUAUUUGCAUUUUACUCACCGGUAAUUGCAUUGUAAUGUAUUUAUGUAUUAACAUUGUAUUUCCUCUUUUACACUCAGUAAAUGUGUUGAUGGUUGGUUUGGGUGCAUGUAGAGACUAUGUCUUCAAAGAUGAUGCGUUCUAGAAGGCUUUUAUACAGGUUCAUUCCUGAGAGAAAUGGACACCAUAAUAACGGAAUCAGCAUGUGUAUUGUCAAGAAUCCAUUGUUCAUGUGUAUUGUCAAGAAUCCAUUGUAUAUGUGUAUUGUCAAGAAUCCAUUGUAUAUGUGUAUUGUCAAGAAUCCAUUGUAUAUGUGUAUUGUCAAGAAUCCAUUGUAUAUGUGUAUUGUCAAGAAUCCAUUGUAUAUGUGUAUUGUCAAGAAUCCAUUGUAUAUGUGUAUUGUCAAGAAUCCAUUGUAUAUGUGUAUUGUCAAGAAUCCAUUGUAUAUGUGUAUUGUCAAGAAUCCAUUGUCUUAUUUAGAUAACAUCUACAGUAUAAACCAACAUAAAAUGUGGGUUUCCUAUAUGCUUUAUUAUUCUAAAACAAUGAGGAAAAAUUAGUAUGUGCCAGAACAAAUAAAAGCUUUAUUUUUGUACCUUCUGAAUCAUAAUAUAUAAAUGUAGCAAUUUAUUGUAAUUAUUAUAACUAUGGCCUCAUUUGUUAUGUUGUCUUUUAAAGGUGUAAUUAAACAAAUUAUAAUACA